AUGGACUCGAAAUCUCAUCAGUGCUCAAUAUGUAAGAAAUCUUUUUCAAGACCAAGUAAACUUCAACAUCAUAUUGCUUAUCAUCAUGAGAAAAAGUUUUCAUUUGAAUGUAUUCAAUGUGGCAAACCAUAUUCAAAUCAAGAUCAUGUUAAUCGACAUUAUCGUACUGUACAUCAACAAGAAAAUAUAACAACAAAAAAAUUUAAUUGUAUGAUUAAUAAUUGUACAAAAACAUUUGCUAAUAAACAAAAUCUUGAUCGACAUAUUAGAAUAGCUCAUAAAAAAUCAAAAUUAAAAUCAAUUAAAUGUUUAUAUUGUUUUGAAUAUGUUGAAUCAUUAGAAUCACAUUUAAUUCUUAAACAUAAUUCGACUUCAAUAGAUAAAUUAAAAUGUCUUGAUUGUUCUAAAGAAUUCUCAUCAAUAAAAAGUUUAAUUCAUCAUCGUAUUAUUCAUACAGAUCAUCCAUUGGCCUUGCGCGUUUUAUACGAUGAACGUCGAGAACUCGAUGUUCAAUGGACAAUGAAUAGAUUAUUAGAUGAAAUAGAACGACAACAAGUGUUUAAAUGUGAUUUAUGUAAUCGAAUAUUUCGUUCAUUAUUUCAACUUGAUCAACAUCGUAAUAGUAAAAUUCAUCAAGAUGAAUUUAUAUGUCAAUAUCCUAAUUGUGGAAAACGAUUUCUUUAUAUGAGAAAUCUUCGACAUCAUGCCAAAAUUCAUCAUGAAAAUAUUUCACGUUUACCAUGUCCAAUGAAUUCUUGUUCAAAAACAUUUACAUGUCAAGCAUCAAUUUGUCGACAUUUAAGUAAAUGUCAUUCAUCUAAUGAUAUUAUUGAACAAAUAAAUACUAAACAAAAACAAAUUCAUCGUCGACAAUCGAAUAUUCAAAGUUUAUUAAGUGGUUUUAAUAGUCGAAAACUUAAUCAAGAAAAUGAAAUUUCAAAACAAAUGAAACAUUUAUUAAAACUUUUAUUAACUGAUGAUAAUCUGGUAAACAUACCAGAUGAAAAUAUGGAUACAAAUAUGAAUGAAAAUUCAUUUGAUCAAGAUUUAUUAAAUGGUUAUCAUGAUAUAGGACUUGUUGAAUUGUGA